AUCAUUAAAAUUAUUGACAACAACAAAAUCAUCACUGCUACUACCUUAAACAACGCUAAUGUUAGCCAGAGCAAAAUCAACAACGGUUUCAUUGCUAACAACAACAACAACAACAUCAGUAACAAUAACUUUAGUACCAUCAUCACACAUAAUAACAUUAUCGCCAAAAAUAACACCAGCAACAUCACAAAUAACGUCAACACCAUCAUCACAACUAACAACAACAUCAACAACAACAACAUCAUCAUCGCAAAUAGCAUCAGCAACAACAACACAAAAGGCAUUUUGAAUGGCGUUGUCUUAAAUUCGGGUUUGCCAACUGUGCUGAACUUGGCCAAUCUAUCUCAGCCCGUUCAGCUACUACAAAAUAGUCGGUUGCUGCAGCUACAACAGCAGCUACAACAACAACAGCAACUGCUGCAACAACAUCAACUGCAGCAACAAAAACAACAAACGACGAUUCCGUUACAAGUUAAUUUUGCAUCUACAACAAAUCUUCUUCCCAGAGCCACAUUAUUGCAACUGCAGCCACAGCAACAACAGUCGCAACAACAGCUACUACAACAACCACGGCAGCAACUACAGCUACUACAGCAACCGCAACCACAGUUACUACAACAACCGCAGCUGCUACAACAGUCGCAGCUGCUACGACAGCCACAACAACAGUUACUACAACAACCGCAACAACAGUUGCUGUUGAAUAACUCUCUUUUGGUUGCCACUACACCUACUACUCUUGCUGCCAAAGCUUCUACUAAUAAUAGCUUACCUCAAAAACUAACGAUUUUCUCCCCCCUGGCACAACUGGAUGGCACGGCCGCCAGAAGUUCCGAAGACGACGACGAUGACGACGACGAUGUCGUUGAUGACGACGACGACGACUUGGCCGCUGAUGAUGACGAUGAUGAGGAGAGCACCAGAACUGAGG